AUGGCUCACCUUCCGAAACCACCUUGUACACGCAUGACGCUUCGGGAACGUCGCAAGGCAUUCCAGUCGGCGGUAAACACCAAGGCUCGCAAGCUGCAUGGUCGCUUCCUGCAGGCGACCGGUGGUCCAGCAGUCCGUGGUCACCGUCUGAAAGCGAUGCAGCGCCGCGUUCUCAAGCGGCUGCAAACUCUUGGUGACUGCAAAGGAGUAGAGAGCCCAAACGCCCAAACCCCGUCCACCGUCAAGCUGUCCACCCGAGCGAGGAGGCGAACCAAUGUCUCCCCCAGCAGCCAGAAGGAAGUCUUGAAGUCGCGUAACAAAUCCCCCGCCCCGAUGGCCAUUGCCGCCCCAGUCACGCGUAAUCCCCUGCAACACCCCCCGCACCCAGCACGGUCAGCAUGCCCAGCACGGUCAGCACGCCCAGCACGUACAGCACUCCCAGCACUCCCAGCACUCCCAGCACGCCCCUUCUAUCACAAGGCCAAUGCAAACGGUUAUGGAUGGACGAGGGAUGAUUCUGUGUUCCAGUUGAAACUGGGAGGCUUUGCGACCUCGACGCGCAUUGCUGAGCGGAUCCUUGCUGGAUCAGGCGGCCUUGCCGUUGACGGAGGUUGA